AUGGCUCACUCUCUUCAUCCCAACAAGACCAUGACGCUAUUACAAUCAACGUUGUUGCUACUGUUACUAGUGCUACUGCCAUACCAAACAGUAACAGCAGCAGAAUCAGAAUCUGUUGUGAUCAACGUGUGGCCCAAACCAAGAAACUUAACGUGGACCCCACCACACAAAGCCACACUCUUGUCACCAACUUUCACCAUCAUCACCACCCCCCACCACAACAAACACCUCUCCGCCGCUAUCACCCGCUACCUCCGCCUCAUAAAAACCGAGCACCACCGUCCACUGGUUUCACCACCGGUGAACAUCUCCACAAACCUCCCACCCCUACACUCGCUGACAAUCACCGUCGCCGACCUCGACGCUCCCCUCCACCACGGCGUCGACGAGUCUUACACCCUUUCCGUCACCGCCACCUCCGCCACCCUCACCUCCGUUACGGCAUGGGGCGCCAUGCGAGGCCUCGAGACUUUCUCCCAGCUGGCAUGGGGCAAACCCACGCGCGUGGCGGUCGGGGUGUACGUCUGGGACGCGCCGCUGUUUGGCCACCGUGGCGUCUUGUUGGACACGGCGAGGAACUAUUACCCGGUGAAGGAUUUGCUGAGGACUGUGAAAGCAAUGAGCAUGAACAAGUUGAAUGUGUUUCACUGGCACGUGACGGAUUCACAGUCUUUCCCAAUCGUGCUUCCUUCUGAGCCUGCAUUGGCUGAUAAGGGUGCUUAUGGUCCUGACAUGGUGUAUUCUCCUGAGGAUGUUAAAACUGUUGUCGAGUUUGGCCUUGAUCAUGGUGUUCGUGUUCUUCCUGAGAUUGACUCACCUGGGCAUACUGGAUCGUGGGCUUUAGCCUACCCUGAAAUUGUAACAUGUGCCAACAUGUUCUGGUGGCCAGCUGAAAGUGAGUGGUCGGAUCGGCUUGCUGCAGAACCAGGAACAGGGCAAUUGAACCCCUUAAACCCCAAGACCUACCAAGUCCUAAAGAAUGUCAUACGUGAUAUGACCACGUUGUUCCCAGAACCAUUUUACCACUCUGGUGCUGAUGAGAUUGUACCAGGUUGCUGGAAAACUGAUCCCACAAUUCAGAAAUAUUUAUUAAAUGGUGGAACUCUCAGCCAAGUUCUUGAGGUGUUUGUGAAUAACACACUCCCUUUUAUUUUAUCACUCAACCGCACAGUUGUCUAUUGGGAAGAUGUUUUAUUAGAUGGUACAAUCCAAGUGCCAUCUACAAUUCUUCCCAAGGAGCAUGUAAUUUUGCAGACAUGGAACAAUGGACACAAUAACACUAAACAGAUAGUUUCUUCUGGAUACCGAGCCAUUGUGUCGUCAGCAGACUUCUAUUAUUUGGAUUGUGGGCAUGGUGUUUUUGUUGGGAAUGACAGCGCCUAUGACCAGCAAAAUGGGGAUGACACAGGCAAUGGUGGCUCUUGGUGUGGACCUUUCAAAACAUGGCAAACCAUAUACAAUUAUGAUAUAACAUAUGGGCUGAAUGAAGAAGAAUCAAAGUUAGUUUUGGGUGGGGAGGUGGCACUGUGGUCAGAACAAGCUGAUCCAACUGUUUUGGAUGCGCGAAUUUGGCCAAGAACUUCUGCAAUGGCUGAGUCAUUGUGGUCAGGCAACCGGGAUGAAAUGGGUAUGAAGAGAUAUGCUGAGGCCACAGAUAGACUGAAUGAAUGGAGAAGCAGAAUGGUGAGAAGAGGUAUAGGGGCUGAGCCCAUUCAGCCACUUUGGUGUGUUAGAAACCCUGGGAUGUGCAACACAGCUCAUGCAAUCUAGUUCCUUUCUUCCUUGAUCACCAAAAAUAAAAAAGGAUCUAUUAAAGCAAAUCUCUUACUUUUAAUUGGGUCUAUAGUGUCCAAAUAUUUUUUUGGAGGCCUGAAAACCUAUUGUAUUGUGAUGAGUGAUUGUAGUUGUGAAAGAAUUGUACAUGUAUUUGAACAAUUCUUUAUUUCAAUUGAUGUUGUAAAUUGUAUUCUAUAUAUGAUUAAAGU